AUGCCCGUCUACCUGGUCCAUGGGUUCCGCUGGCCACGCGAAGGCUUUACAGGUGUCCGAGUCCACGCGGUCGUGCACAACCUCGACGACUGCAGUGUCGAGUACAUCCAGAACGAGCACUCGCGGGUCGAGAUCCUGGCAAGUUUCCGCCGAGCUUGGCCAGACAUCAUGAAGGAACUGGACGGGCCGGGCGGCGGCCACAGUAAACUAGAGUUCAUCGAGCAGCACGACCCGGAGGACCUCGAUGGGCCGAACGCUGUCAGCCAGCCGUAUGCCUACGUGGCGGACAAGGUCGUCUUGAUUGCCGCGCGGCCGGGAACCGGACCCCAAGCCCCAGGGCCGGUGACCACGACAACACAGCAGCAGGCUGGGACGGCGGCGGGACCUGCGUCUGGAGGACACUCGACGCCGCCCAAGACACCUUCGCACCACUCCAAAAAGCCACUGUCACCGCCGCCGCCGACUCUGCCGCCUCCGACACCGGUUGCGAAGUCGGCACCGUUCACUUCCCCAGCGGCCCCUGACAUCACCGCGCUCAGCGUCAACGUCGACGAAGUCAUCGCCGAGGGACCGGGGACCUCGGCCAAGGCGUGGGAAGCCUUCGCAGACCUGCGCGACAAACUCGCCGAAGGAGAGAAGAUUGGCUGGUGGGUCGUCUACAAUGGCGAUCCCGACCGAUCUUAUGACGAGGACGAUGUCGAUGUCGACGUCGACGACGAUGGGGAGGGCUACGACCAGGAAACGGUGGAGGACGACCCCCUAGACAAUGUUGAAUACGACGACAAAGCGCAGCGGCAGGCCCAACCGCAACCUGCUCGACCUCGGAAUACCUUAGCCGACAACACAGCUACUCAUAAUCGUCAACCUGUGCAAGCUUCAAUGCCUCAUAUAGCCACCCAGCAGCAGCAGACCCUGACCGCCCUUCCGGUCCGUCCGGCUCCCCCUGAGGCGACAGCACCCACAACCCGUACCGAUAAAGGAAAACACAAGGAGAGCAUUCCAGAGCCAGCAAAGCUCAAGGAAACGGCCAAAAGUCAAGGGUUGCGCAAAAAGUUCUUUGGGAAACGUUUGUGA